AUGAGUGUAGAGUGCUGUGUGCAGGAGCUGGCUGAUGAACUUGCCCUGGUGGACGUGAUGGAGGACAACCUGAAAGGAGAAAUGAUGGACUUACAGCACGGCAGCCUCUUCCUCAAAACCCACAAAAUUGUCGCAAACAAAGACUACUCCGUGUCAGCGAACUCCCGCAUCGUGGUGGUGACAGCCGGAGUCCGGCAGCAGGAAGGAGAGAGCAGACUGAACCUCGUCCAGAAAAAUGUCAACAUCUUCAAGCACAUCGCCCCUCAGAUUGUAAGAUACAGCCCCAACUUUGAUGUGCUGACCUAUGUCACCUGGAAACUGAGCGGCCUCCCCAAGCACCGCGUCAUCGGCAGCGGCACGAAUUUGGACUCGGUGCGCUUUCGCUUCCUGAUGGCCGACAAACUGGGAAUCCAUCCCAGCACCUUCAACGGAUGGAUCCUGGGCGAGCACGGAGACACCAGUGUGCCCGUGUGGAGCGGAACCAACGUAGCAGGGGUCAACUUGCAGACUUUGAACCCAGACAUCGGCACUGAUUGCGACGAGGAGAACUGGACGGAAACGCAUAAGAUGGUGGUUGACAGUGCCUACGAGGUGAUCAAAGAGAAGGGUUACACCAACUGGGCCAUCGGGCUGAGCGUAGCUGACCUGACAGAAAGCCUCAUCAGGAACAUGAACAGGAUUCAUCCCGUGUCCACUAUGGUGAAGGUAAAGGCAGCUCACACGGAAGGCAUGUAUGGGAUCAGUAACGAGGUGUAUCUGAGCCUGCCCUGCAUGCUGAACGCCGGAGGCGUGGCCAGCGUGAUCAACAUGACCCUGAUGGAGGACGAGGUGGCCCGGCUGCAGGCCAGCGCCAGUACGCUGUGGGACAUCCAGAAGGACCUGCAGGACGUCUGA